ACUCGAUCUCCACAUACAUUUUGUGAUCAAACAACUAACCAAUCAAAAGAUGGAAGGCAAAAGUUUGAUUCUAAGUGUACUCUUAAUGAGUUUGGUCAUGGCACAAAUUCAAGUUGACGCAAAGAGCUGUUGUCCGUCCACCACGGCUAGGAAUGUCUAUAAUGUUUGCCGCGCAGGUGGAGGUUCCAGGCCAACGUGUACGAGUGUCAGUGGCUGCAAAAUCGUUGACAAGACAUGUCCACCUGGAUAUCCCCAUGACAUACUCGAAAACAGUGAUGAUGCUAUCAACGAAUACUGUAAGUUGGGAUGUGUAUCUUCUGUAUGUGGUGCCCUAAUCACUCUCGAGAACUCUGAUGGAAAUGAAAUCGUGAAUGGAGCAUUUGAAAAGUGUGCCCUAGCUUGUUCUACAGUCUGCACCAAGGGCUCGAAGAAUGGAGUUGAACUUGCCUAGAGAAAACUAUACAUUUCCAUGAAGAUACCACGUACAUCCAGAGGUGAAGGGCGUGGUCAUCUUUCACAAUGUUGUAUUUCAUGUUUUCAAUAAUUGUCAUGUAUGUGACAAAACUAUUAAGUCUUUUGUGCUUGUUUCAGUAUAUGCGUAGAAGGUUAUCGAUCUAUAGAUUGUAUAAGGCUUCUACUUAAUUCCUAUGUUUUCAAUAAUGAAUAAUAAUGUGUUUGUAUUCAUCUUCAA